AUGUGGAUCACAAAAUGUGCCCUUGUGUUACAAAAGCAGAGCAUUGCCUUAAUCAGAUGCAGCCUCUCAGAAUAUGUCCCAGUCUGUCGUCCUGCUGAUCCGAAUGAAGUGGAGCGUCUCCAAGACUUUGUGCUCUGCUCUCAGAGACUGUUUGUCAUGACGGGUGCUGGAAUCUCCACAGAAUCAGGAAUCCCUGAUUACCGCUCAGAGGGUGUGGGAUUGUAUGCCAGGACUGAACGUAGACCCAUUCAGCAUGCAGAGUUUGUCAGAAGUCAGGAUGCUCGCAGGCGAUACUGGGCCCGAAACUUUAGAGGGUGGCCACAGUUUUCAUCUCAUAAGCCCAAUGCGACUCAUAUGGCUCUAUAUAACUGGGAGAACAAUGGGAAACUGCAUUGGCUAGUGACACAAAAUGUUGAUGCCUUACAUGCUAAAGCUGGACAGCGCCGCCUAACUGAGUUGCAUGGUUGCACCCACAGAGUGAUUUGUCUAGGCUGUCAGACAGUGAGCAGUAGAGUUGAACUUCAAGAACGUUUCAUAGCUCUCAAUCCAUCCUGGAACGAACAGGCUUAUGGGGUUGCACCAGAUGGCGAUGUAUUCCUGACUGAUGAGCAAGUGUCCAGUUUUCGUGUCCCACCCUGUGACAACUGUGGGGGUAUUCUGAAACCACAGGUGACAUUCUUUGGUGAUACAGUAAACAGAGAAUUGGUGUUCUCUCUUUAUGAGAAUUUAAGUCAUGCGGAUGCCAUGCUGAUAGUGGGCUCCUCGCUGCAGGUAUAUUCUGGGUAUAGGUUUGCACUUAAAGCUCAGGAAAAGGGAAUUCCUAUUGCAAUACUUAACAUUGGACCCACCAGAGCUGAUCAUCUUGCAGUUGUUAAAGUCAACGCUCGCUGUGGGGAUGUCAUACCAAAGAUAAUGUCAGCGACUGAACAUCUGCAGGAAAAUGUGAGCUAA